GCUGUUCACUCCGGGAGGCCUUGUGGAGUCCCCACACGGCGAACACGCGCGGCGAUCGGCGUGUGCAGUGUACGAGCACGACCGACGCAUAGUAGGACGAAUGGUGUAACGUUUUCUCGUUAAUACCAACCAACGAAGCAUCAAUGCGUGGCAAGGUGUUUAACGCGCGAGUAGACUGUCGUGCCCGGAGAUUUGGACGCCACCGUUGUCCAGACGAGAAGCCUUCGUGAAGCAACGAAGAUGAAUCGUGCAGCGCGGGCGCUUCUCUCUAUCCUGCUGCCAGUAGCGGCCGUCUUGGGAUCGUCACAGACACCGGUCGUAUCGAGCUGUUUUAGAGCGGAUGGCGACACUUAUCCGGUUCGGUUCGGUGCUGUGCGGUUGUCGAAUGUCAUUUAUGGGCAAGAAAUGACUAUGACGUUCACAAUGACAACCGACGAGAAGCUCGCCGACCAGCCAACGCUGACUAUAGACAUGUUGAAACCGUAUGCCUACGAUAUGUCCUGCAAGAAGAACUUCGGUUCUUGCGAAUAUCCUAUGUGUGGUCCAUCUGGUAAGGAAGAAUCCAAUAACCUGAUAGACUUUGUGGACACGGAAUGCCCAAUUCUACCCGGAGCGUACACUCUAACAAUCACAGCCACCGUUCCAAAUGCGUUAGACUUCAGGAAGCGCUUCAAGACUUGCAGAGGUGACGAGAACGGAGACGAGUCUGUCUGCUUGGCUAAAGCCGCAGAACACAGCACGGCGAAACUACGUAGAAGAGAACAACUCAGGGGGAAGCCAUGGUUGUUUCAAAACCGGGAAAACGUGUGUGCACGCACCCGCAUGUCUUCAAAAAACAAGUCCCUUCCUGUCCUCAUAACAGUGCAGAAUGGCGGGGAACCAGUCGGAUGCAACACCUUUUAUAUGACCAUAUCGGAAUAGCGGUUCCACUUCAGUGAACGAAUACAAAGACGCUGCCUUCUGCUUCUCAAAUUACGAAGUCUGAUACCAUCAUCGAGAGUGUGCUAUCAUUCGCACCCUCAGUUUGUUUUCACCAAUUCUAUCCAGUAUGAAAAAGAAGAAAACAGACACUCUGUGUGGACCCAUUUAUUCACUCUACUUUUCCUACGUGUGUCCCGCGAGUUUCAGACAGUAUGAUUGCCAUGUGGAAUGAAGACGCCUCUGCAAGGCCUAUUUCGCUCAAUAAAGAUGUUU